AUGGAACACUCCCUCCACCUACCGAACAGCGAUAACAUGCUGCACCUUCGAAAUCCCCGUGGCAAGCGCACAAGACCCCAUGACGCAGCGAACCCCCCAGCACAAGCCAUAGGGCUCUCAGGUCGGCGAAUCGAACAAUCUACACCAUCAAAGACUGAAGACCCGAAGACCAUGACAGACAACGCCACGCGGAGAAUCAAACCCACCAAGCUCCCACUCCCCAAAUCCCCCGUCGACAAGACCAAAGAACCUGCUGGAACGCGACUUGCUGUGACCGAAACCAAGGAACAAGAAAGCGAUCGAACUAUUCGUCCAAAGAGAUCUUUGGGGGCGUUGUCACUUGCUGCGCCUAAGCAGCCCGAGAAAGGCGGCGAUCAAUACUGGCGCAAAGUGCGAGACAGGUUUGAGAGGGAAAUACCAGCUCCAUUGCGCAGUAAAGAGAAGCACAAGGAAUACUAUCAAGAGGCAUAUCGGAAGAUCGUGUCAUUGGCUACUUCACCCAGGCAAGAGAUUGCUAACUACAAGCUGAGAUUAACGGGAGGUAUACCUCGGGAUGACAAGUUGCAUACACGGCCUGUCGGCUUGCGGAAAGAUGUUCCAAACCUACACCUUGACAAUCGACCUCACCCAGGAACAAGCUUCUGGAAAUCUGAGACUACUCAGGCCGUUGGUCAAAGAAAACGUCCAAAUACUGGAGAACGAGGGCCGAGUUUGCCGACCACUGAGACCACACAGCCAACGACAUCCGAGAAAACAGAUGUAACGACCGACUCAUCCGACCAGUCAUAUCCAAUAUCACCAAUUUCAGCACCUGCAAGUUCCGUGACCGACUGGGAGGAUCGGUUUGUUGUAAACAUGCCGUCAGCAAGAGAGCCCAAUCCUUUGCAUUUGAAUGCACAGCAGAUUUCCAAAUUCCAGCAGAGCAUCGAGAGGGUUCACAAGGAGGGUGGAACAAUGCUCGAUCCUGAGACGCUUCCAAGUCCCCGUACCACCACUCCUGAGGACAAGACCAUUCCUAACGACCAACGCGAGAAGACACUAAUUGGCUUGGACGGCCAGGAGCCGAGUCCUGAUCCACCUUCUUAUGAGAAGAACGAUGACGAAUGCGCUGGUGAACCACCUCGUUAUUAUAGUCCUGAUGAGAUUGGAAAGCCACGGUUCAGCACGAUUUGGGAAGAGUCACCUGGGCAGUCGGCCAACACACCUUUUGCGGCGAACGCCGACGGCUCUUUUUUAGGAUGCAAGGAGAUUAACGGACCGAACGACAAGAACCCGGACGAAAUUUUGCUUUUUUCGACCACGGACGAACGCCCCAGGGUAAUCGAUAUUCCAGGCCCCAAAUCCAAGAUACCUCGAGAGGGAAGAAGAGCCACGACACACGCCCUCACACCAGCAGCUCAAGAAAAAGCGCUACCUCAGCAAGACCAAAACUCAACUUCACAGAAUUCGAACCCUGCCCAAUGCUCGAAGCAGUUGCCGAAGACGAUGUGCAAGGACACCAAUUGUCGACUGCCACAGAAGUCAGAAAACCUUUCAAAAGGAAAUAUUUCGAAACCUCCUCUGAAAGAAAACCGGGUACCUCAGGGAAACACGACCACAAAGUCUCACGAGCAAAAGCCACCCCGCAAGUCCGACGAUGUAUUCAUUAUCACACCCACUAUCACACGCACUAUGGUUACCAUGACAGACCUGAGGGCCCAUGCUCAAAAGACCCCGAGCACACAGGAACCCACAUCUCGAGCCGCAGGAGAGAUCAUCACAGGCACACGGACAAAGUCCCAGGCAGGCUCGUCCGCAGCGGGCCUGCGACGAGUGACGCAAAACUCGUGGGAAAGGCAGAAUCCCACUUGCACACCAUCCUCCAAACCGACCUCUCCCAACCCAGUAAGCCCAAAGACAACAUCACCAACACAGAUACCCACCAUCAAAUCUCGGGGCACAGAACCCGAGCGCCGAACGUCGGACAAGCCAAGGCCUAUACGUGGAUUCAUCCGUACGUCCGGGGCGUCAAAGGCUACCAUAGAAGGCCCGAGCAGUCUUCCGCGAAGUAAUCCUCCACAGAAUCACCCACCUUGCCUGGCACCUGGGAGUGGAAACACACCGCCCAUGGUAUCACGAAGCGUGUUCGAGCCCGCCCCUGAGCUGAAGAAAUCAUUGGUACAAGACAAUGUGGUCCAGGUGGCAAGCUCAUCAGCUGUUCCAGAUGUAUCGCCCUAUAUCGGGACUACAUCCUCUGGCCCCGAAAUCUCUCCCCAAAAUUCUAUCAGUCGAGACGGAUCGGAGGAGAGGCUUUCACCUCGAGAACUCCUGAGCUUCGAAGUGGCCGAACUGGACGGACAGCAGGUUUAUGAGACACCUCGAGAAGAAGGGGUGUUUCAUUUCAACGUCACGGACUUCAAUGCUGAUAUCCUAGGGGACCCCGCGAAGCAAUCCGAAGGCGGUACGAAACGGCCCGAAAGCACGGAGGAUCCAACCGACGACGAUGAUCAGCCAAUCUGGACUCUUAUCAAAGACGUCCUCAUAGACUCCGCAGUACAGCUCCAGCAACUCUACAGCCAAGUGAUGGUGAAUCGCGACAACAAAGCGAUGCUGGUCCGCAUUGCCUUCAACAGCAUUCUCAUGAUGAUCGAGCAUUGCCUCCUCGUGCUCAAGAAUUUCCUAGCGUUCCUCUCCCUAUACAAUUCCACCGGCGCCUGGCCCAAACCGUCCCGCAAGGACCUGGUCCGCUCGCUGACCGACCAUUGCCAGGCCGCGCUGUACAUUGUCACCCUGGGAUUCUGCAUGAUGAUCAUCGGUCGAGCAGCGGGGUACGUCGUCCUCGUGAGUACAUGGGUCAUUUGGUUCGCGAAACCGUUUGCGUGGUUCUUCGGCGCCCUGGGUCGGGCAUUGUGUUGA